CAAGCUCACGGCGAUAAGAACAUCUCCAAAAAGUGGAGUUGUUCUAAAGAAUAGGAAUUCUACUCGCAAAAAGUAACUAAAGUCUAAAGCUACGUUGCAGCCGGUGCUCACGCAUAACAUGCGCUCAAUCGUGGUACUCGCCUGUGUGGCGCUGGCUUACGCUCGCCCCGAGCCGCCAGUUGGUUAUAGCUAUCCGGCUCCUUCGAACAAAUACUCUGCACAGUCCAGCAGCUUUGCAAGCUCAUCCGUCAGUGGGGGCCUCAAGGGCAUUUCCCAUGGAGGAUACUCUUCCGGUGGAAUUUCUCUAAGCUCACACUCAAGCGGAAUCUCUCUUGGAACUAGCUUCGGUGGCGACUCUGGUUUUAGCGGUGGAUAUGCUGGUGGCUACUCUGGUGCUCCUUUGGUACAGAAGCAUAUUUACGUCCACGUACCUCCACCAGAACCUCAAGAAUACAGGGCGCCUCGUGUUCCCGCGGUCGCUCCUCCACAGAAACACUACAAAAUCAUUUUCAUUAAGGCCCCAACUCCCCCCACCCCAGUUGCACCUAUAAUUCCUCUUCAGCCUCAGAACGAAGAAAAGACCUUGGUCUACGUGCUCGUCAAGAAACCCGAAGAGCAGCCCGAUAUUGUCAUUCCAACUCAGGCUCCCACUCAGCCAUCCAAACCCGAAGUAUAUUUCAUCAAGUACCAGACCCAGAAGGAAGCUGGUGGCGCCUCUAUCGGUGGAGCUACUGGCGGCGCUGAUCUGUCUAGUGUCAGCUUAAGCAGUUCUAGCUCUAGCGGUCACGCAGGUGCUGAAAUUAGCGCUAACUUUGGCACUAGUGGUGGAGACGAAAGCGGUUCUGAAGGAGGUCAUUCGGGUGCUACCAGCUCUCAAUAUGGUCCCCCCGGACACGUUGCUGGUCCUCUUCACUAAUCGAAGACUCCUCAAAACUUAGAUGAUAGGAUAUUCCGACGAGUUAUUUAUUGUUAAGAGAACUUAGUCGCAAUGCCAGUCAAUUAAAUACAUUGUAAUUGUUGUGACGUGAAAACGUUGAAAAGCUUUUCUUAUCCUUCCAAUCGCAGUUCGCGGUCGGUCUCCCUAAACAAAGUCAACUCACUAGAGUUCGCUCGUGGACUCUGUUAACGCGACAAGUAAUAUAACUCAGAGUUAUAUCUCAUCCCCAGUUUCACCCUUACUUGUUAAUAGAGCACAAUGUUACCGUUGUUCGAAAGUUAGUAUUUUUACAAUGACUGUUGUUAUGUAUUAUGAAUAGCUUUUUACUUUUCUAAUAAAAUGAGAAGUGUGG